AAAGAAAAAAGAAAAUAAAGAAGAAAUAUAUUCAUACUUUUUUCUUUUUGCACAAACAUAAAGUUAAAAAUAUCGUUGUUUUAUUGCUCGAUAUUUUUUGAGAAAGAAAAGAAAUUUUACAAUGAAAAUUGCGCUGCAUUUUUAGUAUUAAACAAAUGAAAAGAAAACGGAAAAUUUAUUUAAUUUAGUCAAUAACAACAAAGAGAUUUUUCAUCAAUUCUUUUGUGUGUGUGUAUUUUUUCUUUCAAAGUGUCUGUCUAAUUCUCAUGUUCUUAUUUUUGUUGUGCAAAAAUUUUUUCGUAUUUCAUUAUCUACUUUAAAAAUUAAAAAAAGCAUAAUUUGUUGCUAAUCAAUUUAAUAAAACCCCAUCAACAAUAUACCCAUUCAACCAUUUUAAACAAACCUCCCUUAAACUGGAAUAAUUACUAAAGAAUUGCUAAACAUUUGGUUUUCAUUCGAGUUCCUGUUUUGAAACUUAGAAUACCAGAAGAGCACUAAAAAAUAUAUAACACAACCAUAAAAAUAAACAAAACGAAAAAAAUAGCCAUUUGGUGCUAUAGACAAAGCCUUUUUAUUCAAAUUGGAAAGAAAAGAAGUCUGUCGAUAGCAUUACAAAAAAGUAUAUCAACAAUUAGAAGGGAGGCAGGAGGCGGUGGAUGAGAAGGAAUUACAACAGAAAACUAUUAAAGUUUUCGUAACUAUAUAAUGAGUCGUCAUGAAGGUGUCAGCUGCGAUUCAUGUCUUAAAUCGAAUUUCAAUGGUCGCCGCUAUAAAUGUUUAAUUUGCUAUGAUUAUGAUUUAUGUGCCGAUUGUUAUGAGGAGGGUGUCACUUCAACGCGCCACUUGGUGGAUCAUCCAAUGCAAUGUAUUUUAACGCGUUCGGAUAUUGAGCUGUUCUUUGGUGGUGAGAUGCUCAAUUCGGAGCAACCACAAAGUUUUACCUGUCCGUAUUGUAAGAAAAUGGGUUUUAGUGAUGCCACAUUAUUGGAGCAUGUAUCAACGGAGCAUACGGAAACCAGUUUGGAAGUGGUAUGUCCAGUAUGUGCUGGCCUGCCAGGUGGUGAACCGAAUCUAGUCACAGAUGAUUUUGCCGGUCAUCUAUCACUGGAACAUCGUACUGGACCACGGGAAUUGAUUUCAUUUUUGGACGAACCAUCAGCUAUUCGACAUGGAGGAGGAGUACGUCGCAUACCAGGACGUACACUUGGUGGGCCACGGGCUCGUCGUUCCAACAUGCACUUUAGCUCUUCAAGUGGUCUCUCAGCAUUGUCACCCUCUGGACGAGAAUCGGUUGAUCCGAUUGCUGAAUUACUCUCACAAUUGUCGGGUGUUCGACGUGGCGGUCCACCCACUUCACAGCUGCAACAAUUGCAAAUGCAAAUACAACUGGAACGCCAACAAGUGACGGCUACGCGUCAACAGUUGGAACGUUUGCCAAGACGUGCACAUCCUUUGGUCUCAUCAUCGAAUUCAAAUGCAACCAUGGCCGAGGUAAUCAGUGGUGCUACUGGGUCGGGUUCGGGCAGUGGAAGCAGCGGUCUUAUAAGUGGCGGUGGUAGCAAUGCUAAUGGAGGCGGCGCUGGCGGCAGUGGCUCGUGCCGUACCAACGAAUGGUCUGUGUCUGCGCAACAUCAAUCGCAGCAAUCAAGUCUGGCUGCAAAUGCUUUGAAUACUAGAGAAGUAACGUUGAAUUCUAGCAAUUAUUUGACUUUCAACGAUUUCGGUUUGUCACCACAAUAUUCCUCCUUUCUACAGCCUGGUGGCAGUGGAAUCAGUGGUAGCAAUGGCAACAGCAUGCUGGGCAUGACAAUUGGUGGCUCUGGAAGUGGCGCAAAUGCUGGCUCUAGCGCCGGUGCAGCAGGAAGCGGUGUCAAUGGCGCUGAUGGUGCACAAUCGCAAUUCUUGCUCACAAAAUUCAUGCAACCAACAUUGAGCGAUGCCGAAUGGGCUGAAAUUGGCCGAGAACGUGCUGAUCGUUCACAAUUUGUACAGGCCUUAUUGCUCUCAACUUUAUCUUGUUCUUCGCUGGAACUUGAGGACGAUCAUGAGAAGCGUGCCGAAUCCCAGGAGACUACCAACAGUGAUAAUGUAAAUAAUGAAAAGGCGGCGGCAGCAGCAGCAGCUGCUAACAGCAACAACACAAACACAGCCAAUGAUAGUGAAAAUUAUGUUGAUAACGAUGUGCGAGAAACUAUGAUGAAUAACAAUGCUGCUGAUGCAUCGGCACAAACCACAAAUACAGCAAGUAGUGGUGGUGGUGGCAGUGGCGUUACUGGACGCCAACAAGUCCAUCAACAGCAACAGACUUCGCCUGAAGACUUUGUCGUAGAAGAUUUAAAACAACAACAGCAGCAGCAGGCAUAUUCAAGCAAAAAGAAAGUCGCUAAUAGUGCAGCUGGCAUUAAGCCAACCAGUGGUGGUGGCGCAGGUAAUGCUGCCGGUGGCGCAACAGAUAGAGGAGGUAUUGAAAGACGUGGUCGUCCACCACCCGCUUCGGCGGGAGUCGCAGCUGCAACUGCUACCGGUUCACAGUCGCAACAACAGCAACAAGGUCAACAACCACAAAAAUACAAACAGAGUGCUGCCGCGUCUGCAGCUGCAGCAGCAAUGUCGGCAGCAAAUACAAAUCAAAUACCCGAUACUAGGUAGUGUUAUCAUCUCCAUAGACCCGCCAAAUCACUACAACAACAUAAAAUCAACAUGAAUUGCAAGAAUAAAAACAACAACAACAGAGAGUAUUGCCACAACAGCCGCAAUAACAAUACACACUCUUAGCAAACAAUUAACUAAGAACAACACAACAACUGAACAGAACAGAACAGAUUAGCAACAAAACAACAUCUUUAAUUUAAAAAAAAUACAAAUAAACAAACAAAAAUACAGAACUAAAGCACAUGUAAUAAUGAAUUAUGUAGCCAUUGUCGUCGUCUCUGUGGUUUUGUAACAACAACAACAAAAUAAAACAAACACCGUCUGAAACAAAACUAUCAAAUUGGCCUAAAUUCUCUUAGUUCCAUUUGUCCAAAUAAUGUUUGAUUCUCGUCACUUCAUAUGUUUUCCAUUUGGAACUGAUUUCAAUUAGUUACGUUUGAUAGUUGCUGUUUUCCUUCUUUUAUUUUAACGUUUGGACGAUAUAUGUUCAUAAACUCUUAACAUGUGCAUGCACAGCAGCAGUUGCAACAAAAACAACAUAAUAUUCGUUUAUUAAAAUAAAUAUAAUAUUAUAACUAUUUAAAAAAUUUAUAUAAUUAUAAAAAAAAAACAAAAAGAAAAGGAAAAACUCUUAUUGUAAUCAUAACACUAAAAAAAUUGAUAUUUGUUUUUCAUCCCAUAGCAUGUAGUGUAAGUAUUUUUGUUUGGAAAUGCAAGGAAUUCAUCAACAAGGUUUCAUAAAAUUUACACGACCACUUUAAAAACAGGAAUAAAUAAAUAUGUAGUAAGAUUUAACAGAAUUUCCUUGCAAAAUGUUUUCGGAAA